GUGACAGGGCGUGAUGUGUUGCUAGCAUUGCUGUCAGAACUGAAACCAAGACAGCCGAAAAAGAAACUAAAUACUCAGAAAAUACUUCAAGACAAGCCGCACCGAGUCCCAUUCGCGGAAAGGAGACAAAGAGCUGAGUUCCUAAAAAACCUGAAGAUGAAGAUGUGGGAAUUAAUGCAGGUGUUGUCCAUGUAGCUCCACUAUAAGGAGGGAUGGUGUGUGAGCGGUGUGUGUAGAGACAGACAGCAGCAUGGCCGAAUUUGAUACAGAGUACCAGCGCCUGGAGGCGUCUUACAGCGACUCUCCUCCAGGAGAGGAAAAUCUCUUGGUUCAUGUACCAGAGGGCUUGAAAUCUCACUGGCAUCACAUUGAAAACUUGGACCUUUUCUUCCAAAGAGUCUAUAAUCUUCAUCAGAAGAACGGAUUCACUUGUAUGCUCCUGGGAGAAAUCUUCGAGCUUGUGCAAUUGGUCUUUGUGGUGACGUUCACUGUUUUUCUGGCCAACUGUGUGGACUACGACAUCCUGUUCGCCAACAAGUUUGUCAACCAUACUGACUCAUCCAAGGUGACUCUUCCUGAUGCGUUUCUUCCCAUGGACGUGUGUCAUGAUCGGAUUCGUGAUAACGUCUUGGUCAUUUUCAUACUGAUUAUAUCCGGAGUGUUUUGGCUCCAUCGACUGGUCAAAUUUCUCUACAAUGUCUGCUGCUACUGGGAGAUCCGUUCGUUCUACAUCAACGCUCUAAAAAUGUCAAUGGCUGACCUUCCGUAUUUCACCUGGCAAGAGGUGCAGGCGCGGAUCAUCGAGAUCCAAAAAGAGCAUCAGAUCUGCAUCCACAAAAAGGAGCUCACUGAGCUGGACAUCUACCACCGCAUCCUGCGCUUUAAGAACUACAUGGUGGCGAUGGUGAACAAGUCCCUGCUGCCCGUCCGUUUCCGUUUGCCGCUCCUGGGCGAUUACGUCUUCUACACGCGCGGCCUCAAGUACAACUUCGAGCUGAUCUUCUUCUGGGGUCCCGGCUCUCUUUUUGAGAAUGAGUGGAGUCUCAAGUCCGAAUACAAGCGCGGGGGGAACCGCCUGGACCUGGCCGAUCGCCUGAGCUCGAGGAUCUUGUGGAUCGGCAUAGCCAACCUGCUCCUGUGCCCGGUCAUUCUCAUCUGGCAGAUCCUGUACGCCUUCUUCAGCUACACAGAGAUCAUAAAACGUGAGCCGGGCAGCCUCGGGGCUCGCUGCUGGUCACUGUACGGGCGCUGCUACCUGCGCCAUUUUAACGAGCUUGAUCACGAGCUUAUGUCUCGCCUCAGCAAAGGCUACAAAGCUUCGUCCAAGUACAUGAACUGCUUCAUGUCACCUCUGCUCACGGUGGUGGCCAAGAACGUAGCUUUCUUCGCGGGGUCCAUAUUAGCCGUGCUCAUCGCUUUGACCAUAUACGAUGAGGAUGUGCUGGCUGUAGAGCAUGUUCUCAGCAGCAUCACACUCCUCGGGGUUUGCGUUACAAUCUGCAGGUCGUUUAUUCCUGACAAGCACAUGGUGUUUUGUCCAGAGCAGCUGCUCAAAGUGAUCCUUGCGCACAUCCACUACAUGCCGGACCACUGGCAAGGCAACGCCCAUCGUUACGAGACCAGAGACGAGUUUGCUCAACUUUUUCAAUAUAAAGCCGUGUUCAUCCUGGAGGAGCUGCUCAGUCCCGUCAUCACACCCUUCAUCCUCAUCUUCUGCCUGCGCCGCAAAUCUCUAGAGAUCAUCGACUUCUUCCGAAAUUUCACCAUCGAAGUGGUGGGCGUGGGAGACACCUGCUCUUUCGCUCAGAUGGACGUCCGACAUCACGGCCAUCCAGCGUGGAUGUCUGCGGGAAAGACAGAAGCCUCGAUCUAUCAGCAGGCAGAGGACGGGAAGACCGAGCUGUCACUCAUGCAUUUCGCCAUCACUAACCCUCAGUGGCAGCCUCCGCAAGAGAGCACGCAUUUCAUCAGCCAGCUGAAAGAGAAAGUGCACCGCGAGGCCACUGGGGGGCAACAGGGGAACGCAGCGGAGAACCUCACAUCUGCUCACUCGCUGCAGUCCGAGUCUGAGCCUCGAAGUCUCGUCGCUAACCUCCUGGCUGGACCACCGUCCUUGGCCUCGCUGCACCUGGGUCGAGACGGCUCCAUUAUCAAUCACUUUUCGAUGGGAAUGAGUGACGGUGCGUCGGCUUUGCGCUCCCUCUCGCCCGUCAGCACCAGUUUGCACCUGAGGGCCAGCUACCCGUCUGCCAGGCUGCCCCGUCCGGACCAUCCUGCUGUAGCAGCAGGCAGAGCCAUGGCUGGCUCCGGGACUGAUGCUCGCACUGUCAGUUCAGGAAGCAGUGCUUGGGAAGGUCAGCUGACCAGCAUGGUCCUAUCAGAAUACGCCUCCACAGAGAUGAGCAUUCACGCCCUGUAUUUGCACGAGAUGCACAAGCAGCAGUCCCGUGUCGAGAUCUCACGCCACACGUGGCACAGACAGGAGAGCGACGAGAGCAGCGAGAGCACCCACGAAUACGCGGAGGCAACGCGCAACUUGCCUCGAUCCAACACUUUCCCCUGCAACACCGCUCCCAACCAACAGGGGGCCACAGUCCAGAGCAGCGUCAGUCAGUAUGGGGGAACAUCAGGCGGAGGUGCUCGGGUUCAGCGCACGGCCCGGAUGCCGAUGGGAGGCUGGGAGGAGGAGCCUGUAGCUGAGGAGGGUUCUGAAGAUGAUCUACCACCACAUGUUCAUAAGGUGACAUGAUGAAAUUCCCCAACCUUCAUCUUAACGAAGAAAUAAAAUAAGAACACUGAACAGUGGGAAAUGUAUUUAUUCACUCUCUGAUAGCACUGACAUUUACAAAUGUACAAAUGACUUUGAGAUAAAUCAGUGGGUAAUUAAUUAUCAUCACCAUCAUCAUCUUUGUGCUCGUCUAAUGCAAUUAUAACAAUAUUAGCUAGGUAAAGGGAAAAAUUGGAUAUUUGAAAAAAUAUAUUAUUAUUAAGGAAUUCUGAUUACGCAAAUGGAAAUGCGUAAUGUUGAUGACAUGAUCACGCUUAAACCUGAUAUCCUUAAUCUUUUGUUUGAUGAUUUUAAAAUCCAGAUUAAAUGUAAACAUUAAUUUUACAGACAUGUACGCUGAGAUCUGCAUGUUAUUACGCUCCCUCUCUCUAAAGUUUGCACACAUCAGAAUGCACUUUAGCUUCUUGUUAAAUCCAAAGGAUGUUUGAAGCAUUUUUUUCAUACACAUUUCAUUGUGUGCCACACUGUAUGUAUGUAUGUAUGUAUGUAAGAAAUCCAGUGAGGAUUUGUGGUUAGAGUCGUAACUGGUGCUCAAGUACGUCAUAAAAUAUAAUAGUGAUUUACCGAGAUAGAGUCUCAGAGUGGUUAAGCUUCGAAAAUCAUUGUCAUAGGAUUAUUUUUUUUUUUUUAUGUACAGACAUGUAUGAAAAAAAGCUGUAUUUGUGCUUAUGUAAAAACAAAAAAAUAUAUCUCUGAAAUGCAGCCGGUGCAUGAACAUGUUAAAUCAUUUUACCAGGCGUAACUAACUUAUGAGCUAUACAGUUAUGUGUAUAUUUUUUUUUGCAUUGUUCAUUUUGUUCUUUUUAUAGAUUUAAGUUGUAAUAAUGUAAAUUUGUACAGCUGUAAAUUCAUUAUAAUGAGGUGUUCAAGAAAUUGUGCAUUCAUACCCUU